CGUGCGUAUAUGUCCUCCGAGCUCGAUUCAGCGCACGGCCAUGUUAAAUCUCUAGACUGAAGAGACAAAAGCCACAGCAACAAAGAAUUUCUCAAGAAACGUUCGAAGAAUUAAUCAAAUCCUCGAAGAUUCAAAUCCUUCAAAAUUCGGAGGUGUUCCAGAAAUUCCUCCUCUAAUUGUUCAGGAACUGUGACCAAGUGAGGAAAAAACAAGACGUCGCCAAGCCAAGAGUGGAAACGCUUACGGACUCAACGUUAUUUUGGACUCGUAAUCCUGCAUUGACUUUCUUUACGUUUGGAAUCCCUCAGUUUGGAGUUUUUCAGCAGGUUAAAGAAGAGCAAGUGACACUGAGCGAAGUUUCAAAUUCCUCAUGACUAAGAGAAUACGGGAAUUUUAAGAGCACAUUAAGAAUCUUUAGCUGAGCCUUGUGCUUUUGAAUGUAAAUACUUUAUAUUUUUUUUGAUACCAAAAGGAAAACAGAGGGUACUACAGGAUUUCUGCAAUCCAGCUGUAAAAAAAAAAAAAUAAUUAAAAAAAAGUAAAUACUUUGUACAUUUUCAGGGAUAACGUCAAAAGUGACUUUUGAAAAGCAUUAAUAGAUUUUUUGCUAACGUGCAUUUUUGAAAAUCCUUGUGCGAGACUUGAAUUUUACAAGUAAGUUUGCUAGUUAUUUUGUACGUUGGCUCUAGGCUUGAUAUAUUUAUUCAUAUAAAUAUAAUUUUCUCCUUUUUUGGGAGAGCUUAUUAUAAACAAUUGUUAUACGCCAGGCACUCUUCUUUUUAAGAGGUCUGUACGUACCGGAAACUGUUUACACACAAGCGCGGUGAGCGUAACAGUAAAACAGUUUUACAAAUAGCUCAAAAGUAGCAAAAAAAAGUAAAAAGAUUAAUUUGUUAGAAACUGUUGAGGGGAAAACCUGAUAAUGGCUACAGCGAGAACAGAGAUCCCUGCUUCAGUCAUGUCAAUGAGCAAACAGAAUGGACAGUCCAAGCCCAUGAGCCUCCAGUCAGGAUCGCUUACUUCCUCAUCACAAUCAGGAAAAACAUCUGUGAUGCCCCAGAAAGGAAACAGUAUACCCCAAAGCAGUGGUGGUAUCAGGUUUGGUGAUGACUGGAAGAAGUGCCUGCAGCUUCCACCGAAAGACAUGAGAGUGAAAACCACAGAUGUGACUGCAACCAAAGGAAAUGAGUUUGAAGAUUACUGCCUUAAGAGGGAACUGCUGAUGGGUAUUUUCGAAAUGGGCUGGGAGAAGCCUUCCCCUAUCCAGGAGGAGAGUAUUCCUAUUGUCUUGUCAGGGAGGGACAUUCUUGGCCGAGCUAAAAAUGGCACAGGUAAAAGCGGAGCCUACCUCAUCCCCCUCUUGGAAAGGAUUGACCUGAAGAAGGACUAUGUUCAAGCCUUAGUGUUGGUACCAACACGUGAGUUGGCUCUGCAGGUGAGCCAGAUAAGUAUCAACAUGAGCAAGCACCUUGGUGGCGUCAAGGUCAUGGCUACGACAGGUGGCACUAACCUGAGGGAUGACAUCAUGCGCCUUGAUGAGACGGUACAUGUUAUAAUAGCUACCCCAGGAAGGAUCCUUGAUUUGAUAAAGAAAGGUGUGGCCAAGGUGGACAAAGCUCAGAUGAUUGUGAUGGAUGAGGCUGAUAAGUUGCUUUCUCAAGACUUUGUGGUGCUCAUUGAGGACAUCAUCAGCUUCCUGCCCAAAAACCGCCAGAUUCUGCUUUAUUCUGCCACUUUCCCCAUCAGUGUGCAGAAGUUUAUGAGCAAGCACCUUCAGAAGCCAUAUGAAAUCAAUCUGAUGGAUGAGCUGACACUGAAAGGCAUCACUCAGUACUAUGCUUAUGUGACAGAAAGACAGAAAGUGCACUGUCUCAACACGCUGUUCUCCCGGCUCCAAAUCAACCAAUCAAUCAUCUUCUGUAACUCCACCCAAAGGGUGGAACUCCUUGCCAAGAAGAUCACACAACUUGGCUAUUCCUGCUUUUACAUCCAUGCAAAGAUGAUGCAGGAAUACAGAAAUCGUGUGUUCCAUGAUUUCAGAAACGGACUCUGUAGAAACUUGGUCUGCACAGAUCUUUUCACAAGAGGAAUUGACAUCCAGGCUGUCAAUGUAGUCAUCAACUUUGACUUCCCCAAAAAUGCAGAGACGUAUCUGCACCGCAUCGGUCGAUCAGGUAGAUAUGGUCAUCUGGGUCUUGCCAUUAACCUGAUCACCUCAGAAGAUCGUUUUAACCUAAAGGGCAUUGAAGACCAGCUGAUGACUGACAUAAAGCCCAUACCCAGCAGCAUUGACAAGAGCCUGUAUGUGGCUGAGUUUCACUCCAUGAACCCUGAUGAAGAGGAGGCAGCUCACAAAGCAGGCGAGCUUAAUUAACCCUUACUGGAGAAUAAAGGGACCAGUGCUUGGCAUUCUGCACAAUUUCUACUGAAGACAGACGCAAAGAUGACUCGGUUUUUCUUUUGUUUUAUUGUAGUUUCUUUUCUCACCAAAUGCUUCAGGGGUCUGGAACUACCAUGGUAAAAUGUGAUCAGCUGCCACAGGUUUAGAGGCCAGUAUAAAGUCAUUAGGUUUUGCUGUUUUCUGGACUUGCUGAGGCAGCUUACCCCUUUUCCAUUUGGAGCACAAUAAGCCACUGUUCUCUGGACCCAGAGCACUGGCAAUGACCAUUCACCGUCCAUAACUGCUGUUCAUGAGGAUUUUUUCCCCCCUUUUUAUUUGCCAUAACAAUGAAAUGGAAAAUACUGCCAGAAGAGGGUGUCAAAACCAAAUUCCCAAGCUUUGAGUAAAUUUAGUACUGUUUUAUCCAGCACCUGAUGCACAAGGUUUUUGAGCAUUGUUAUAAUGAAUGAUUUUACUCAGCUUUACAGUUGAUUAGGGAAGGAAGUUUAACACAUUCAUAAUGGUUUUCUGUUGGUUGUUCAAAGCUUUGUGUAUGUGUAUAUCUUCUGGAAAGUGGAUUGUGCUUUCGUUCUAAUACAAACAGACAUUUUGACAUUUUCUUUGCCUAACUUGACUCCUCUUUCCCAAAAGUUUGAAAAGUUUUUUUGUUUAACUCCGUCUCUGCAUUGUCAUGCUCACUUCGGCCAUUGUUUCUCUAAGUGCCUUACUCUGUUAUAUACUUCCUCUGGGUAGGACGGAGCACUCUGUGCAUGGUGCAAAAAACAAAAACAAAACUCCGCUUUGGUCAGGAUUGUCAGUGGACGUUUUUACCUGCUAGAUUGACUUCUCUAAUACCUCAACCCCAUAAGUCACUUGUUCUCUAUUUAACCCCCCAGUUUGUUGGUAGUGAACAGUACCUACCUCAGCAUUGGCUGGGUGAGCAAUGGAUUUGCUUGCCCAAAAAACAGGUACCACAGCUCAGAUGGUGGGUGAGGCUGGACUUCAAUUUCAGUAGUUCAUCCUGCAUUUUUGAAAACUGGAAAACAGUUUAGGUUUUUCAAUAUAUACUUCUCUUUUUACCCCCUGUUGAUACAUGCAGUGAGGUUUUAUUAAAACAAUGAAAUGUGAUUUGAUCAGAUUCAGUUUUCCAUUAGUGGGGUCUAAUGCACAGAAACAAUUGUUUAGGUUUUUUUUUUUUUUUUUUUUUUUAAACAAAUCAGCACAAAUGCUGUGAUGAAAUGGCAGCUGUAAUAAAGUUGGUAGCUCUCAAAGUAUAAACUUGUGUCCCCCAUUGUAUGUGUUAAAUUGUGCUCUUGGACAUGUGUUGUAUUAAGUAGAAAGCUGUAUGUUUUACUGCAAGGAUUUAUGGGAGAAUGGCCAAAGCUUUUUGCUCCAAAUGUUAAUGCCAGCCUAUCCUGUCCCUUCUCUUUUAAGCAAAAUAAAGUCCAGCAUAUUCUCCA